AUGCAGACGCCCGCGGCACCGGUGCUGAAGCGGCAGAGCAAGAAGCGAAAAGAUGCGCCGGAGGCUGGUCCCGGUGCCGAGGCGGUGGCCCCGCCGCCCGCCGCGCCAGCGCGACGCUCGCGGCCCAAUACGUCCGUGUUUGUGAGUGGUCUGCCGCUCGAUGCGAGUCUGCAUGAGAUUUCCGACGUCUUUGCGCGCUACGGUGUGCUGCUCGAAGACGACGAAGGCAAGCCACGCGUGAAGCUGUACCAUGACGAAGCGACGCAGGCAUUCAAAGGCGAGGCGCUCGUCGUCUACUUUAAGCCAGAGAGCGUCGACCUCGCGAUCCAGCUGUUGGACGACACGCAUCUGCGGGCUGCGUCCGGCGCUACGAACGGGCCACGCAUGCGCGUGCAGCGAGCCGAGUUCCACGAUGAGCCACGGGGCGCCUCGGACGAGCGACGUGAGCUGAGUGAUGCGGACAGGAAGAGUAUUCGGCGUCGCAUGAACCGCAUGCACAACAAAAUCAACGACUGGGACUCGGGUAGCGACGACGAGCGCGUCCCGAGUGGCCCGAGUGCAGCGGCGCGCACGGUCGUGCUCAAGAAGAUGUUUACGCUUGCCGAGCUCGAUGAGGACCCUUCGCUUCUCCUUGACCUUAAGCAGGACGUGCGCGAAGAGUGCGAGACGCUCGGCGAUGUGACGAACGUUGUGUUGUGGGACCGUGAGCCCGAAGGCAUCAUGACUGUGCGCUUCCGCGAGCCGGCGAGUGCGCGUGCGUGCGAGCGGCGCAUGAAUGGGCGCUACUUUGCAGGGCGCCAGAUUGUUGCGGUGCUUGUCGACGGCAAGCCCAAGUUCCGCCGUGUUGCGCACGAUGAGCCGGAGGAGAAUGCACGGCACGACGCAUUUGGGGCGUGGCUUGACCAGGCGCCAUAG